GUCUGGCUCUGCUGGACGCCGGUGAAUCCAUGCGUGAGCUCGGUGAGGUGAAAGACGCUUUAGAUAUAACCGUCAAACAGAACUUCAUAGACCCGCUGCAGAACCUGCACGACAAAGAUCUCCGAGAGAUUCAGCAUCAUCUGAAGAAGAUGGAAGGCCGCCGUCUGGACUUUGAUUAUAAGAAGAAGCGUCAGGGGAAAGUGAUGGACGACGAGCUCAAACAAGCGCUGGAGAAAUUUGACGAGUCUAAAGAGAUCGCGGAGCAGAGCAUGUUUAACCUGCUGGAGAACGACGUACGGCAUUGUAUUAACUACCACUCUACUUCAAAAGUGCCUACACUACCGCUCAAAAGUUUGGGAUCA